AUGUCAAACAGCCUCUUCUUCUCCCCAGAGCUGAGAACGUCGCUGAAGGGCUUGUCGCCUCCCCAGUCAUCAUGGAGCAUCACUCGCCCUUGCUCCCGGCUAGCGCUGUUUUUCCCCCCUGGCUCGUUGUUUCACUCGGAUGCCAUCAUUAACCAUGCUGGCGAGGAUUUGGUGCUUGUAUAUUCCCUGUUAUCAGUACUUAAUAGACAAAGCCCAUGGAUUAGAAACGCAAUCUUGCAUAUCACAUAUCUCCCACUACACAGCCCCACCGGCACCUCUUCUCCCUAUACAAUGCCGCUACCACCACCACCACCACCACCACCACUACUACUACUACCAUUCCUCUCGCAUUUCCUCCCCCAAACACACAUCCACCGCCGCCCAGCACCGCCCCCGCACGCCAUAUGCAUCGUCCCCCUAAACCGCAUCCUUUUUAGAAUGCCGGAGUACCCGUGGGGCUUGGUGUACCACAGUACUAUGGCGCUGCGGCCGGGAUAUGCUGCGAGCGCUAGCUAUAGCUCGAGGGGAGUGGUGUCGAGGUCGAGGAUUCUGCUGGCGAUUAUGUUUUUUUGA